GGGGUCCUAGGGCCAGUAGUCCUGUGGUAGCAUGCCAGCCAGUACCAUGGCCAGCUCCCGCCCUUCUGGUGUCACAUAAGCCAGCCUCCAUGGCUGAAAAGUGUGCCACAGCUUAACCCCCUUCCGUGAUGAACUCAAAGGAACCCAAGAAGUGCCCCCAGUGUAAGAAGAGUAGAAACAAGGCCCAGGAAGAAUUUGCCAGGAAGUUUCCGUACAGGUUCUCCUGGCUGACGGAACCCACUACAGAGUUCCUGCAGCCCUGGGAAGUCACGAAGAUGACCACCUCACUGAGGGACCAGCUGCCCCUGCAGAAGACGCUGGUGCCAACGAGAUCCAUCCCAGUCAGAGGACUUGGGGCCCCAGAUUUUACAUCAUCGUCCUGCUUGUACCCUCCACCACCACCGCCACCUCAGAGCCAACUUUGGGAACUCAAGCUAGUGAGCCACCGCUUCCCCAGGCCAGGUGCCCGCGCCGCCCACCCCUCCAGAAGCCUCUCCCAGGGCCCGGCUCCCAGUGGCCUCCCUCUCGGCCCCCGGUCCCUGGCACUCCAGGCAGCAGCCACUGACAGAGGUGAACUCUAGUGAGGGGAACCGCUCUGACGGGGCUCUUCAUCCCCUCAUCAGCCACACCGUCUGAAUAAACUUUUCAGGUUCAAAUCCUA